CAGCCGGCGACUCAAGAGGGAAUGGAACACAGUAAGACAGGAUAUUCAAGCGAAAAAGCUGGCGGAGAUUCCAGUUUGCAGUGGCACGAGGUCUAUGAAAAGUCCUGAGACCAAAACCAUCACACAAAAGGGGUUUGCGUCGAUUCACCUCCUCUCCGCUCCGCCUGCAAACAGCCGAGCAAACUGCCGGAUGAUGCAUAACUACCGACUCGACUCAGGAUAUCCCUCCGCGCGAUGUGUAUAGAAAAAGUAUAUAUAUAAUCAUUAAACAUAGCCGGUCCUUCCAUGGCCACACUAUUACACCAGGCGUUUAUUUUCUUCUUCUUCUUCCAACUUUCUAUUACAUUACACACUCCUCUCAAGCAAACCCCCCAAGCACUCAGUUCUAGUCCUCUAGUACUGUACUUUACUUCACCCUCACAGCUUAACCGGCCAACAUGCCCACCAAAACGAACGGCGCCAGCACAAACGGCGUCAAGGCAAACGGUGCAGACACACACACGCACACGCACAAAUAUGAUGCCGAUUUCACUCCCGCCGUAAUAGACCUCAUGGGCCCCAAAACAACCCCAAGAACAAGACAGGUCCUGGGCUCCCUCAUCCGUCACAUCCACGACUUCGCCCGUGAAGUCGACCUCACCAACGAUGAAUGGAUCAUGGGCGUGAACUUCAUAAACAGCAUUGGCCAGAUUAGCACUCCCCAAAGAAACGAGGGACAGCGCGUUUGCGAUGUCAUCGGGCUGGAAACCCUCAUCGACGAAAUCGCCAACAAACUCGUCCUAGAACCCGGCGACGACUCGCCCACCUCCUCCUCCAUCCUGGGCCCCUUCUGGAGCCCGCACGCCCCCUUCCGCGAGCUGGGCGAUAGCAUCAUCCGCAGCGCCCACAACGGCCAAGUCGCUCUAAUGCGCGGCCAGAUCACCGAUAUCGUCACAAAGCAGGGCAUCCCCAACGCUAUCUUCGACAUCUGGCAAGCCUCCUCGAACGGCAAAUACGACUUCCAGGACCCAGAGAACCAGGAACCCAAUAACCUGCGCGGCAAGUUCCGCACAGACAAGGACGGGUACUACCACCUCUACAUCCUCCACCCGACCCCCUACUCACUUCCCACCGACGGGCCCGCGGGCGUCCUCCUCCAGCUCAUGGAUAGGCACCCCUUCCGCCCAGCGCAUAUUCAUCUAAUGAUCAGCCACCCGGAGUACAAGACGGUCACGACGCAGAUUUUCCCGCGCGAUGACCAGUAUCUAAGUAGCGAUUCGGUGUUUGCGGUGAAAAAUGAUCUGGUCGUGGAUUUUAGGCCACUAGAGGGCGAUCCUGCGGCUGAGUUGGAGUUGGAGUACGAUAUUCGGCUGGCGCCGAAAGGUAUGCAGAUGGUUGCGCAUAUGUAAGUUAACUAAUAAUUUAAUGAGUGGUUUGUUGUUUUUUAAUCUCCACUGGUUUCCCAUCCUUGAUGAAAACAAACUAUCCCGACAUACACUUGAGUGUCUAUCUAUUCAUGGGACCCCUGAACAUAAUUUUAAUUUCCUUUUUUUCUCUUUACGGGGUUUCGAGGAUGAGAGGGGAUUUGUUGGCUUUCAUGUCUGUUUUCGUUCCUGCAUGGCCACUCCGCCCUCUUUACUUGUAUUAGCGAGACCACUUUUCCUUCCUUCUCACUGUUUAUAAUGCGAUCUCGCACCACACCACAUUACAUUACAUGAAUAUAAUUAUCUGGCAAUUCUGGGUUCCGAGGCAUACAUGCUGACUGCUUGCCGUCUGGUAAUGUGUGAGAGGGGAGCGGGUGGGGGAGGGGAAGAGGGAAAGGGGAGAUAGGGGGAGAAUAGGGAGUGUAGAUGGUACUUUGCAUUGCUUGGGUUGUGGUAUCUAUUUGCUGGCUUUUAUCUCUAGUUUACCGUGAAGGAAUACAGAGUAGGUAUAAUGGAGGUGUGUGUUGUGUAAAGGGAUCAUCAAGAAGUGAUGAUGUUUUACCUUGGGAAGUAAUAUUUGGCCUUUUUAGGGCUGAGAGCCCCUUAUAUACGGAGUAUUUACAUCAGACUGGAAACUAGCGUUCGAUCACUACAAACGGAUCACAGAACACCCAAAUACCUCCAUGUUUAAAUUUGCGAAUGAAGUAAAACAGAGAAGAAGGGAAUGUACUCAGGAGCAGAAGAAAGGAAACAUCCCUUUACUUACUCGACAGCGCACUAACACCAGGCAAAUCUUUCCCCUCCAACAAUUCCAACGAAGCCCCGCCACCAGUCGACACAUGGCUCAACUUAUCCUCAGCAUGAUACUUGGCCGCAACCGUCGCCGUGUCCCCGCCGCCAAUAAUGACAAUCUUCCCCUCCUGCACCGCCUCAAUACACGCAUUCAACAUCGCCUUCGUCGACCCAGCAAACUUCUCAAACUCAAACACGCCCGGCGGGCCAUUCCACAAAAUCGUCUGCGCCUCCCCAAUCGCCUCCUCGAACAGCUUCACGCUCUUCUCCCCAAAGUCCAGCCCCCACCACCCAUCCGGAAUCCCCUCCGCAUCCGUCUUGUACUGCGAGUUCGCGUCCGCCGCGAACUUGUCGGCAAUCACGUGGUCGACGGGGAAGACGAUGCGGACGUUAUUCCGCUUCGCCUUGGUCAUGAUGUCCGGCACGAUCUUGCUGCCGGCCUCAUCGAACAGGCUGCUGCCGAUGUUGAUGUUGUCGAGCACCUUUUUAAACGUGAACGCCAUCGCGCCGCAGAUGAUGAGCGUGUUGACUUUGUCGAGCAGGUUGUCGAUGAGCUGGAUCUUGUCGGAGACUUUGGAGCCGCCGAGGAUGGCGAGGAAGGGCCGUGUGGGGUUCUCGAGGGCUUUGGCGAAGUAUUCUAGUUCCUUUUUCACGAGGAAGCCUGCGGCCUUUUCGGGGAGGUUGACGCCGACCAUUGAGCUGUGGGCGCGGUGGGCGGUGCCGAAGGCGUCGUCUACAGUGAGUAGGAUUUUUCAACCCCUUCCGGAACUCCUCCACCUUCCCCGCUUCCGCCUUAACCUUCUUCCCCUGGUCAUCCUUAUAACUCCCCUCCUCCUCGGAAUGGAACCGCAGAUUCUCCAACAGAAUCACCUGCCCAUCACUCGCCUUGUUAACGGUCUCCUCCACUUGGGGACCGACACAGUCGUCCGUGAAAAUCACCGAGCGGCCACCACCAAGCAGCUUCUCCAGCUCGGGCACGACGGGCUUCAGGCUGAAUUUGGGGUUUGAUUUGCCGUUCGGCCGGCCCAGGUGGGACAUGAGCACGACGGCUUUGGCGCCGUGGUCGAUGGCGUACUUGAUGGUGGGCAGGGCGCCGACGAUGCGCUGGGUGUUUGUGACUUUCUUGUUCUCGUCGAGGGGGACGUUGAAGUCGACCUAUGAUAAAAUGUUUAUUAGUAUGACUGUUUUGCCAUUGAAUAUAUAUUUCCUCUAGGAACAGAUAUGGCACAUUCAUACCCGGAUCAGCACCCUCUUGCCCUUGAGGUCGACAUCGAUAAUAGACAGCUUGUUGGAGAGAGACAUGGCUGCGAGGUUGUAUUUGUUUUUAUAGUUUUGUUGUUCUAUAGUCCUGCUUCUACAUUAUUCAGUCAAUUGAAAAUGCGAAAAUAUAAAAAGGAAGAACAGAGAAGACAAACCUUCUGUAACGAAUUUCAAGUGGUGUUUCUAUCCCAAGAAGUCCAAGAAAUCCGGGUUUACUGUUGUUAUUAUAUAGGAUAGGAGGGGUUGGAACUUGGAAGGUUGGGAAGUCCUUUUUUGGUGGGGUUUGUUUUGUUUGGCGGCCGGCGGCGGCGUCGGACUGACGCGGGUUUCACAGUGAUGUAAUCGAACCGCCGAGACCUCGUCGGACGAAUAUCAGCCCCAGGAUUAAUCGGAAUGCAGGGAUUUAAGUAACUAACUUAUUAUUGUUGGCUGCUGUUUUCGUUAGCUGGGAGGGAAGAGGGGGUUUCGGGUUCGGAAUUUUAUACAUGGGAAGCUAACGGGAGAUAUAAAUAAAUGUGAUAUUGAGUAGGUAGAUAGAACUUCGGAACGAUAUCGAAGAAAGGAGAGAAGUAAUGGAUGUUAGAUAGAUAUCCAAGUAGAUAGAUAUAGCGCAGUUCUCUUCGCAAACUACCUAACUACUCAAUCGACAUGCUGAAAUCGACAUUGCAACGCCAAGGGUGGAAUUCCAACAACAAAAAAUAAAAAUAAAAAUAAAAAUAAAAAUAAGAAUAAGAAUAAGAAUAAAAAUAAUAAGAAAGAAAAGAAAGAAACGGUGACUCCGGAAAUAAGUUAUACGGAACAAUUGUCCCACAAUGUAUGAGACGCAACUGUUUCCACAAAACCCCCAGCCAGGAACUCCAGAUGCAGAUUAAAUACGGGUCUAAUCGACCGCCCGGGUUGAACAAAACAGAAAACGAAAUGACAAAGUAAACAGCUGACGUACGCAGGUCAGAAAAGCCCAGGUCAGAGUCAAACCAUUUCCCUAAGCGAGCAAUCAUGAUA